UUUCUAUAUUUUGCAGAAAACAACAAUGGACUUGAAGUGACUCAGGAUUUUAUUCAGAAAACAGAGCUUAAUGAUGAUGCAUUUGGUCAGAACAAUGUCUCAGGUAUAGGAAAUGCACCUUCUGCUUUUAGCCCUCAUUCACGCAUAAGUGAAACACUUCAUACAAAUGUAUCUAAUAGUGAUUCAAAUCAAGUGACACUUUCUGCUUCUGAAAUCUGUCCAUCUCUGGAAGUAAGAAGAGCAUGUAAUGAUUCUGCUCAAGAAAAGAGUAAAAAUGUUGCUGUUACAGUUCUUCAGUGCGUUUCAGAUGCUCACAUUCCAUCUGAAAUCCAGCCCAAAUGUUCUACACCUGUAAAAUUUGCUGCAGGAGCACCUUUUGCUUCAAAACUGAAACCAAGCACUGGGAAUUAUUUUUUACAAAGUUGUAAGAAUAUUGUAGAGGAUCCUUAUGUUUCUGAUGAUUGUCUUGAUAUUUCAGUUUCUGAGUUAAACAGUUUGAAACAGCAGGUCUGUAUGCAGACUGAACAUUUGGCACCUCUGUCACCUCUUCCUCCCACACCUCCACCUAAGCAUGCAAGUUCAAAAAGAUUAGGCAAGUUGGAACAAAAUCUCAGUUCCCAUAAUUUGGAUUUACCACAUAACAGUCAUAAUUUAUCUCAGUCAUUAAUGAAUGGGAAUAGUUCAGUUCUUUCACCAUCAUAUCGUAACUGCCAAAAUUUAUCUAAGGCAUCUGUAAAUUCUGCAAAACGACAUAAUUUCUGUCAUCAACAAUCCGAAGGUUUUGAUAUUCAAAAUGAUUCAUCUCUUGAACAGUCAAAUACAUACUUACAGUCUCUUUCUAUUGCAACCCCUAAUUCAGAAAGUUCUAAGACUAAUUUAAAUGAAAGUAGCUUAUGCCGUUUAUCUUGUAAGCGCUCUAUUAAUGGGGAUUUAAAAAUAGGGUUUAAUGUAUCAAAAGCUAUUGAUCUGGAAGUCGAUGCUAGUAGUAUGAAUGUAUAUUGGACUCUGAAGUUUAAUGAUUCUGAAGAAAACCCAUCAAAUGCAGUGCAUGCUGUAAAUCAAUCAUUUCAGACAUCAAUGCCAAAUCAUCAAACUAGAUGUUCUGACUGUGAAGUUAUGGAAGGAGGUGAAGUAAUUCAAACAUCUGAUAGGAAAAGGCAACGAAUUGAGAGUGAUCAAAUUUCAAAUGUGCAUGACAGAAAAAAAGCACCUGGAAAUUCAACUGAAAUGUUUAUUCAUAAUAGUAAUCAUGUUACAGAAACUAGUAAUGCAGUAAUGGGGAUAUUUAAAACAGAAAGUCCUGACCAUACUUUACCAAGUAAUAAUAUAGACCAAGUAGAUUAUAAUGCCUGUAAUUCAGUGGGUUUGUGGUAUAAUCCUGUUGAUCAGAAACACAUGAUGAAUCAUAGCAAUGACAUUCUUGAAUUACAUCAAAGUACUGUAGUCAAAAAAGAACUCCCUGACUCAAAAAAGUAUAGUUCUUGUGAAAAGCAGGAAAACAAUACUUCAGCUGUUUCAAGUUCAUGUGAAAGUCCAUCUCCAAUUAAAAGAAAGUUGAAAUUUGACUCACCUAUAAAUUCAUCCAUUCAAAUUCAAAAUCAUUUGACACCUACAGAAACCCAAAACUCUCUUAUGGGCAAGGAGUUGAAAAAACACAGAAGAAGAAAGGGUUCCACUGAGAAUGUAAAAAUGGGAAAGGUUAAUGUAUCUGCAAUGCAGAAUCAAAAUCAUAUGCUCCCUGCAGAAAACUCAGAUUCCCCUGUGGAUAAAGAUUUGAUCAGAAGAGGUUUACACCAGGAAAUGGAAAAAAGUAAUUCAUCUAGUAUUCAAAAUCAGAUCCCUCUGUUACUUGCAGAAGUCCCAGAAUCCUCUGAGAGCAAACACUUGAAAAGAAAACAUAAAAAAAAUUUGCAUAAAAGUAAAAAAACAAAAGAGAGUAAUCCAUCUGUUACUAAAGUUAAAAAUGGUUCUAAAAUUAAAGACCCUCUGAAAACUAAAUUGAGUAAACCUAAGAAAAUUCACAAAACAAAAGCUUCACAGAUUAAAGCAAGGGAAAAGGAAAGCAUUGGUGAUAAUAAUCUGUUAGUUAAUGCUACUAACAUUCUGCCAAAUGAACAAAUGCAGACAAACCUCAUUAAUGUUAAAACAAAAAAGUCCAUUUUGAUGCCACCCUUUAAACUGCCUGAAAGUUCUCUUGAUGAUCAUCAGUAUUAUAAAAACAAUUCUGAGCAGUCAGAGGGUAUGUGCGAUGAUAAGAAUGCAUGUAAUGAACUAAGUAUAACAGUUACGGAAAAUAAAACAAGCCAGUCUUUUGAACUGAAAAGAAAGUUAUCUGCAAGUUCUAGAAAACAUUUGUUUAAGCAAUCAAAUUUAACUGCAGUAAAAGAAGAGGAACCAUUAUUGUGUACAGUACCUUUGAAGCAGGAAACUCAGACUUUAAUUAAUGCCACAAAAGGUAGAAAGAAAGUAUUAAAUACAAGCAGUGCAAAAAAUGAAGUAUUACAAACAGAAAUGCAAUCUCCUAAUUUUUCAAGUCAAAAUAAAAAAUCAAAAAAAGAAAAGAGUAGGAAACAAAAGAUAGAUUCUAAAAAAUUAAUCAGACCUGCAAUCUUUGUUCCAGCAACAUCUGUUUCUAGUUUAAAAUUUUUGCAAGAAAAUUCAGAAACUAAUGGAUCUAGUGGUUUGCAUGGAAGCUUGGUAAUCAAUGGAUCUAGUGAAAAAGAGAAUACAGACACACAAGUUUAUGAAACAGCACUAUUAUUAAAAGAAAAAUCACAGAAUACUGAGUUUAUAUUCAGUUCUUCAAGUACAGAAAUGCAUCAUGUUAAUGACUUUGGAGCAGGAAAUAAAAAGAGUAAUAUUUUGCUGGAAAAGGACAGAAAGUACCCUGCAGUCACUUAUGAUAACUGUAGUAAUGUAGCCAAAGCUAAUGCUAGUUCUGAGGUGCAAUCAGAAAUUGUUUUAGUUGAUGGAAAUCAAGCUAUGUCUGCAACUGCACAUCAAAAUAUGUGUGAUGGUUUAAAACAUAAAAGUGAACAUUUAGUGUCAGAUGAGCAAUCAUCUAUUUCUGAAAUUGAUAAAUGUGAAAAUGUUGAAAAUGUUAUAUUCAAUGUCACCAGCAUAAACAGUAAUAAAAACAAUGGGGAAUCUUUGUUAUCCAAGACUAGAAAUGAUGCAUCAAAUGAAAAUUUUCAAAAUGACACAAUGCAUUUUGAUUCUUCUAGCUUUCUUUCAGAAGUAGUAGAAAAAUUUAAUACUGUGUCAAAUGAAUCAGAAGAUAAUACAGCUCAAAAAUCAACUAUCCCACUAAAGUUUGAUGCCAGCAAUGUGGCAUCAAGUGAGAAAAGUAUUGAGAAUGGGUUUGAAGAACAGAGAAUAAGUAUUUUUCACAAUCAUGAUGAACAUACAUUAAGUGAAAACCUCGUUAAUGGAAAUUGUGACUCGAAGGAAUAUGUGUCAAAUGAAUCAAUUUCAGGAGUAAAAGAACAUUCUGUAACUGCACAUUUUAAUGAUAAAAUUACAAAUUUUAUUGAAACUAGUUGUAAAAAUAGUAGUUUUGAUGAAAGUGCAAAUAUUAAAGAAUGUCAGCAAGAUAAAGAGUCAGAAGCAGAGUGUCAAAAAAUUGAAAAUGGAAACCUUAAUGAACUUUCUAGUGAAAGUACAGAUACUGAAGAAUGUCGGGAAGAUAAAGUUGCGAAACAUAAAAAAUCUGAGAAUGGCACCAUAAAUGAAUUUUCUGGUGAGAAUACUCCUAUUAAGGUAGCACAUUUUAAUGGAAACGCAUUUAGAAGGAAAAAACUAGGGUCUCCAUUAUUAAAAAUAAUAAAAUGUGAUGAUAUUUUGCCAAAUGCUUCUAAUUUAAAUAAAAGUGAGAAAAUGGAACUAACUGAAAAUGACAGUGCAUCAGAUUACAAGUUAACUAACUCAUAUUUUCCCAAAGUAAAAGUUUCUGCACUGUCUGCAAUUUCACCUGACCAUCAAAGAACAGGUGCAUCUGAAGCACACCUGAAUGGUGCAGAAGAGCAGAUUGUAGAAAAUGGUGUGGAAAAUGUAAUCUGUAAUGUUGUUAAGCAAGUUAAUAACAUUUCAAAUACAUUUUGUAGUAGUAAAGAAGUGAAGGACAUUGUAAGUGUGACAAAUAUGCAGAAACUAGUGGCAGUUAAUACAAAAAGUCUAAAUACUAAUGGGGCCAAUACAGAUGAUACAGUUAUUAAUACUUCUGUUUCAGAUGCAUUUUGUAAUGAUAAUGAAGUGAGUUCUUUUCAGGCCAAGGCUAACACUAAACUGACUGUAAAUGAUACUGAAAAUAAAAAUUGUAAUGGACGAACAAAACUGAAUGAUGUUACCUUAAAAAAAUUGAAUAAUACUUUAAAAAAUAAAACAAGCUCCAUUUGUAAUGACUCUGAUAUGAAUUCUGAUAGUGAUGCAUUAGUAAUUGCUGAAGAUUCUGAUGAUGAAAAGUGUACUAAUGUUGUAACUGCAAUAGAAAAUAGUAAUGAAGAUUCAGAACCUGUUUCACCAAAAGAAUCUAAACAAAAUAAAAAACGCAAAACUUCAAAAGCUACUCGUAAAGCAAAGAAAAAAGGAAAAAAUGAUAAGAAAAAGGCUAACAUUAAAAAUAACAGAAAGAUUAAAGUUAAAACAGAAGUACAAGAACAAAAACAUCCAUUAACUGCUGUGUUGGAGAACAUUGAAAAGUUGAAGUUUGAUGCAACACAUGUUAAGCAUGAGCUUCAUACUUUUAAAAAUGCACUGAUAAAUCCUGGGAAUGCACCAGACUGCCGUACUCUGUUAUAUCAUGUUUUAAAUCAUCUGCUCACUUCUAGAAGAAAUCCUUUGAUGGCCUACAAUACAAAACGUAAUGUCGAUGUUUUACUUCCUUUUGUAGAAAAUUGUAUGGUGAACUGCCUGUUUGAAAUUGAGUGUAAAAAGAAGCCCCAUUUGCAUGGAUUAGUGUCUUCUGCUUUGAAAACUAUUCCUGAAUUGGUGCUUUCAAAGGAUAGAUUUAAUAUUUAUGGUCUGAGUUCUAUUUGUCGUGUCUACACAGAAAUGUGCAAACACAUAAAUGAUACUAAAGCACCCCUUGUUUUGUGUGCAGAUUUGCUAAAGAGGCAGCAUAAAUUUGCACCUUUUUUGAUUGCUUCUAUUGUGGGAGUAUGGAGAGAAUUAUUUGAAAUUUCUGAAAGCACUAAUGAUCAAGAAGCAAAUUUUCACAGCAGCAUCACAUAUGCAAUUCGAAAGAAAUCACAUCUUCUGAGUAGUGCUCAGUGGUCAUACAGUCGCAAUGUAAUAGAUGAUUUCAUGAAAGCACCUCCAGUGAGUGAUGUGAAUGUAGCUGCUGAUUUUUGCAUUCAGGCUCUUCAAUCGAAAUGCGCUAGCAAUUCUUUUGAUGAUAGAUUUUUGCUGACUACACCAUUAACAGUUUUUGCGCAGCAUGAAGGUUGGGAAUGGGCACGCAAGAAUGUAUUGGAAAAAUAUGUGUAUCCCUCAAUAGACCAUUAUAGGCAUAAAGAAUCUAAUAAAGAGGCAUUUGCUUUGUUAUGUGAGCUGUAUGGUGAUAUUUGUCUGUCAGCCCCAGAUGUCAAACCUUGCUUUAAAUUUUUGUGUAAUAUGUUCAUUCAUUCUGAUCAUCAUGAUUACCCAUAUGUGCAGGAAAUAACAGUAAAUACAUUGAUCAAAUUGCUUCCAUUGAAAGGCCAACCUUUGCCACCAUUUGUAACAGAAUGGAUAGAAAAAAAUGAGAAAAAAUUGCAAAAUUCUCCCACUGAGCUUGUGCUUCGCAAGCAUCUGAUUUAUGAUGGGAAAGAAUUCAAAGUGGAUGAUAUUCUUUAAAAUUCUGAUUUCCAUAUAAAUGAAAUAUCUGCUCUUUGCUUUAUGUUAUUAAUGGUUGCAUAAAUGUUCACCACUAUCUUUCAAUAUAUGUGAUUAAAUUUUUUUAUAUUGCUAUACAACAGUUGUUACCUGUAUAAAAGUUAUGACAAAUUAUGCAGUGUUUCUUAAAUUGUUUUUACUUUUAUUUAUAUAAUUUCUUUCCUUAAUACUCUUGUGAAUAUGUAAAAGAUUACUGGCCUUUUAGAAAGAGACCAGUCAUCAGUAUACAAAGUUAUUUCAACUAUGUCUUUUAAAAGAACAGUGCAUUGUAUAUAGCUAUUGAAUUGAUGCCACAAAUUACCAUCCAUACAAACUAGUUUUGUAAGUAGCAAUGUUUAUUUUAAAUGUUUGUCACGGUCUAAGGAGGUAUAUAUUUUCCCUGCAGAUCUCUGUUCUUAGAAUGAUAAAAGAAAUUAUCAAAUACACGACAUUUAUAUUUUAAAGGCUUGAUUCUGGUGGUAUACAGAAGGUAUUAUAAUAAAUACAUUGAAUGGAAUAAUGAGUGCUAAUUAAGCAAAAUUUAGUUGUGUAUCCCUUAUUUGAUAUUGCAUUUUGAAUUUUUUUUUCAGGGGGUGGGGGUGGCAGUGGUGGAGGUUCAAGUGCUGUUUCUUUCAUUAAGUGGCAGAAUUCCAAGACCAAAAUUAUAGCAAAAAAAUCAUAAAAAGUUUUUAACAGGAAAUGUGAAAAUACUUGAUAGGGGAAAGAUAUUUAAAUUUUCUAAGGAAUUUGGAUUCUGUACCAUUUAGGUUUGGAGAUGCUUAAAUUUUUGUAAGUUUUUCAUAACUUAUUAGUGUUUAUGUGACCAAACCAAAGAAAAAUGACCUAUUGGUUAAAUUGAUUACUCUGGCACAAGGGGGUGGGGAACUGAAAUUUAAAUAAUCAAUUUAACAUACUCACACCAAGUAAUUAACUCACUGAAAAAGCAUUAACUUUUAAGCUGUUCAACUGUUUCAAGAAUAUGUCUUCAAUUAUAUUAUUAUUUCAUUUAAGUAAAAGUUUUUUUUUCUCAACUUAUAAUGUUAUUAAUCCUCUAGAAGCAAUAUGGUAUUAUUUCUGGUAUGGCUUAUUAUCUAGAAAGAAUUCUGAGAAAUGUACUUAAAAUACAGUUCAGAUUUGUUAAAUACAAUACAAUGAUUCAUUAUUUUAAUUAGUUUAAGUUCAAACUGAAACAUGUAUUACACAUACUUUUGUAUAAGCAUCACCAGCACUUACCCAGCUAUGUAGAAGCUAUUAACUCAUUUAUGAUAUCUUAGUAUUACUCAAAAUUGUAUGCUUGAAAUGAAAGUCUAAACAAAUUUUUUCUAGUAUUUUAAAUUUACUGAAUUCAAAAUAUAAUUUAAUUUUUACAUUAAACAAAAUUGUGUUUAGUUUAUAAUUUUGAGAAGUGCAAGUUAUUGUAGUGAGAUGAUUUGUUAAUAGUUUUAUCUCUAAAUUUCUUGAUAAGUGUGAAUGACUUGAUGUCAAGCAUUUUCACUUUGCAAUUCAUAACAAUAGAUAAACUGAAAAAGGCCUUUUCCCCCUGUAAUUUUUAAGGCAUAAAUAUAAGUGAUUGAGCAGAGCAAUGUAUGGAAAUAUUUUUUUUUUAAUAUUUACUAGUGUAGCUUUGUAUAAUAAGUGUAUCAUAUGUAUGAGUUAAUAUCACGUUUCCAUAAAUAUAUAUAUAACCAUAAGGAUAUAUGUAAUAUUUUAACGUAAUCAAAGUGUCCUGAAAAUAAGCAUUUCAUAUUAAAUGUUUCUGUAGUUGUUGCAUCUAUUUUAGAUCAUAAAGUCGAUUUGAUUAUUGUUUUUACCGAAUUACAUUAAUGUUAUUUUAAAUGCAUCUUGUUAAUUACAUUUGUUUUAUAAAAAAGUUGUAUGAGUGUGUGUAAAUAUAUGUAAAUAUCAAAUAAACGUUAGCUUCAUAUUGUA